AGUCGAAGACUGCGAGAGACUGCUCGGCAACAGCUAGAAAACUUCCCGGUGAGCGAGACGAGAAACAGUUGGAUUAAUUCAGACACAGCUCAUGGAUCGAAGUGACACGAUGUUUUAAUACGUGAGCGAGGAUUUAUUUCGACAUCGGAGGAUUAUUCACCAUUUGCCACAGCAGUGAUUUAAAACUUGUCUUCAGUAGACACGGAAUUUGUUUAGGUAACUUGUUGAGAGGUGACAGAGUAAUUCUAGCAUCAUGAUCAACCACGUGUCACGGUGGGAUUGACUUUGAUGUACAUUUUUCUUUCUAAUGCGACUUGGAUGGUUUGUUCAACUGAGAUUUGAUGCUCGGAAGGUAAAGUCGGUAAAUGUUACUAAGGCUGUGGUGUCACUUCGUCAGGAUAUUUUCAACAUAAGUGACAGUUGGUCUUUAUGAAUAAUUAGCUGUAAUCUUCCCCAUUAGAUAUCUGUCAGUGACGUGUCUGUCAAUAUAUCGAGGAGUGUUUUCGAAGUGAUCUGGAGUUAACUAUGCGCGGGGAUGGCACAUGGAUCUUGGCGGAGGUCAGUGGCAGUUCUGUAGAUUGAUGACUAUGCAACAAUUCUAAUAUGGCUAUGCCUAGUCUUCUUGUGUUCCCGAUCACCCUCCUAGCUUGGAUCACAACUGUCCAUGUCGUCUCACUCUCUCCUAUCUCGCAGUUCAACCUAGCCUUGCUCAAUGGGACGAAACCCAUAGCCAAGGCACGGAACAAGGCGGUCAGAAUUCCGGGUGAUAUAAUCUUGGGCGGGCUUUUUCCUGUUCACCAAAAGUCAAUAUCGGGUGAGAAGCAAUGCGGUCCUAUAAAUCGAGUUCGAGGACUUCAGCGUGUCGAAGUGAUGCUGUUUACCAUUAAAGAAAUCAACAGUCGAAUGGACAUCUUGCCGGAUAUCACUCUGGGGGCGAAUAUUUUGGAUACGUGCUCCCGGGACACCUACGCUCUGGAACAAUCACUGGAGUACGUUCGCGCUUCUAUGAGCUCAUUGGACGCCUCGGAAUUUACGUGUCAGGACGGCUCAAAGGCGAAGGCUAAGCCAGGGUUUAAGGCUGUUGCAUGUGUCAUUGGGGGAGCCUACAGUAGUGUGUCAAUCCAGGUAGCAAAUCUCCUCAGACUCUUUCGCAUACCCCAGGUGAGCUACGCCUCGACAAGCGCAGCCCUGAGUGACAAAGGAAGAUUUGACUAUUUCGCUCGGACACUUCCUCCUGAUACAUUCCAGGCGAAAGCGAUGGUGGAUAUUGUUCAGUAUUUCAACUGGACAUACGUAUCAACAUUAGCAUCUGAGGGUGACUAUGGCGAAAACGGCAUAGAGUUUUUCAUCCAGGAGGCACGGGCGAAAAAUAUUUGCAUCGCGCUACAGAAGAAGAUCCCAACGGCAGCCACGGCAGUGACAUUUGAUGAAAUCAUCGUUGGGUUACUGAAGCAGCGUAAUGCUAAAGUCGUUAUCCUGUUCAUCCGGGAAGAGGACGCAGUCCAUCUUCUGGCUGCUGCGACCAGGCAAAACUGUACUGACCAUUUCGUAUGGAUUGCUAGUGAUGGCUGGGGGAAGCAGGAUACCGUCAAGGACAACUUCCUCGCCGCGGAGGGGGCAAUAACGCUUGAACUCCAGACAUACAAGAUAACACCUUUCGAUGACUAUUUUACCAGCCUUCAUCCAGAGAACCAUACUAUCAAUCCCUGGUUCGCGGACUACUGGGAGGAUCUUCAUAAGUGCUCCUUUAAACAGUCACGCAUUGACGGCAACAGUACGCCUGCCUGCACCGGACAGGAGCGUCUAACUUCCCGCAACUAUAAGCAGGGAAGUAAAACUCAAUUUAUCUACGACGCGGUGUUUGCCACUGCAAAGGCAUUGCAUUUCAUGCAUCAGGAUUUGUGUCCGAACUUCACCGGACUGUGUGAUAAAAUGAAGGUGAUUGAUGGGAAUCUACUUUUCAACAACUACAUCCUGAAUCACACCUACGAUGACGGUUACGGCAGCAUGAUCCAGUUCGAUGCACAGGGUGAUGCGGCGGGGAGAUACAACAUCAUGAACUACAAGCGUGACAGGGGGACUGGACAAUACGGCUACCAGAUUGUUGGCUCAUGGAUUAACGGCCUUCAACUAAACGAAUCGGACAUGGUGUGGCCAGGAGGGGAGAAUAUUGUUCCGUCGUCGCAGUGUAGCCAGCCGUGUAAGUUAGGGGAAAUCAAACGCAUCCAAAAGGCUGGGGACACGUGCUGUUGGGUUUGUGAUUCGUGCGAGGAUUGGGAGUACCUCCUUGAUGAAUUCACUUGCAAGGAUUGCGGGCUUGGGCGCUGGCCGCACCCGGAUAGGAAAACGUGUUACCAACUCGAAGAGCAACACAUGCAUUGGUUCAGUAUAUAUUCUAUAGUACCCAUGGUGCUUUCGAUCAUCGGCAUGCUGACGACUAUGUUCGUCAUGCUGACAUUUCUUCGACACAACGACACCCCGAUAGUGAAAGCCUCGGGCAGAGAGCUCUGUUACAUGCUUCUCUCCGGCUGCCUGACCUGCUAUGUGAUGUCGUUCCUGCUGCUUGCGCGGCCUACGCCCGCCACGUGUGCCAUACAGCGGUUCGGUGUAGGCUUUGGGUUCGCAGCAAUGUACUCCUCCUUGUUAACCAAAACAAACAGAAUUUCUAGAAUAUUUGACAGUGCCAGCAGAUCAGCUAAAAGGCCUGCAUUCAUUAGUCCCAAGUCCCAAGUUGUGAUAUGUGCAAUUUUGAUAUCAAUUCAAGUUCUGUCCACGUGUAUAUGGUUGGUGCUGGAUCCGCCAGGAACUAGACAAUAUAACCCUAACGGACGAAGGGAUAUCGUCAUUCUAAAGUGUAAAAUUGAAGACAUAUCCUUCUUAAUAUCAUUAGUUUAUAAUAUGUUACUUAUUAUCAUAUGUACAGUGUAUGCUGUCAAGACUCGGAAAAUUCCAGAAAACUUUAACGAGUCGAAAUUCAUAGGAUUUACCAUGUAUACUACGUGCAUAAUAUGGCUUGCAUUUGUACCCAUCUACUUUGGAACGCUCAACUCAUUCGAGGUCCAAAUCACCACAUUAUGUAUUUCCAUCAGUCUCAGUGCGUCCGUCACCUUAGUUUGUUUAUUCGCCCCAAAGAUGUACAUUAUCGUCUUCCAGCCUGAUAAAAAUGUUCGAAAACUCACGAUGAAUUCAGCACAUUACAAAAAGGCUGCCACCAGCACCCUUACUGGAACUUGUACCAGCAAGGAAAACCAUUCGAAAUUUGAUGCAAGUGAUGGUAAAUUUCCAUGGAGACACGAGACAUGCAUUCCAGUCAAUUCAAGAACGUCAUACGCAUCGGAUACGGAUGGAGGGUUGGCACCGGAGCAAGUAAAGCUUAAUCUUCACGGCUCACCUGUAAAGACCGGAUUCGGGACGACCGAAACAGAUACCGACUUGGAUAGGGACAGCAUGGCGUCACUAUGACAACGAAAGUCAGGGGAGGACACCACUUCCGAUUGAUAGAUGGACAUGUUCCUGGUCCGAAGGCUGUAGCCUGGAACCCAGAUUGUACGCAUACAUACGCCUGAUACAGUUAAAAUGUUACUUCAUACGACAUAUCCGGCCCGAUGAAACAUGUUAGCUUGGAUAUCUUGCAGUGGAUCACCUGGCGAAGCCUUUCAGAACAAAUUUCGUCUAUUGGAGGUUUUGCUCGCUUCAAUAAAAAGGUUGUUUGUAAAAUGUUCCAAACAUUUAUGUAAAUUUUCAUCUUUGGGACUUCAUCGGUCGACUUGUUGAUGAUUCUACCGGAAUUUGGCAUUUGAUAUUCUACCGGUGUUUGACAUCACAUUUUUUAUAGAAAUCAUUCAGUACUACUUCCCUUUUACUCUCAUUAUUGCCACAUGCACAAUCUUAUUUUUGCUCUCCAGUAAAUUGUUUGGUUGAAAAACGAAAUUCCAAAUUUUUGCAAAAAGUUAUCCAUCGCAGGGUUUUUGUCUAAGGUACAUUGAAACUAUUUAUACAGGGUGGCCCAUAAAAAGGAACAAGCAUAUUUCCAUUACAUUCCCCCUGCAAGCACAGGAGAAGGCAAUAAGGAGAGGUGAUCAUGCCAUUGGUGUUUGGCUUACAAGUUUGAUGGCUAUAUAUAGAAACAACGAAGGACCAUUCAUUUGUACCACAUACGGUUUCUCAACGGCUUCUUUAGAAUUGUACGAGAGUCUAACUAUGGUGACCCAAAAAGCUUUGAUCAUAUUUAUAAUGUUCUUCAAAAGUUUAUCUCUCUUAGGUAAAGGUUUUAUACCUCCUUUUCAUUCACAUUGGAAUCGUAAAACAAUUCUGUGAUCGAGCAUUGCUACGGGUAGGCCGCGGCUCAGCCCCAGUGGUGGGAAAUGCAAUAAGGUCUAGGUUUUUUGGCUCAUCGCUACUCCGCAGGUCUGUUAUGUACCACGUAGAGCGCUGUGUUUGUUGUACCAAAAUCAUCAUAUUAUGUAAUAAUAUUUCACACUAUAAUUUUAGGACCACUUGUCGUUUGUUGCACUCCUCCCCCAGGUCCUUGGCUUUUUUGCAAUGAAACGUUACACACAUAUGUAGUUUGACCCGCAAAUUGCCCUUAACGGGUCGACGAGGUCAAGGGCCAACAUGGCCAAGGUCACGAGGUCAAAAGUGAAGGUCAUAUGGCCCAGAGUAAGCAAACGGGCGGAUUGCCACAAUAGAGUUCCACCGAAUUUGGUACGUUUAUCAAGGUUGAUAACAGUUCGCAACUGGAGGGACAAAAGUCAGGCUUAUAAGGUCAGAGGUCAAGGUCAUCUGGUCCGAAUUGCGUGCACGGGCAAAUUGCCAGCAAACUAACUACAUUUCUCCGGGCUGAUGCUAGCUUGCCACGAGACAAUCGAUCAGGUCAAAGGUAAAGUUCAUACGGUGCGAAUUGGCACGCAGGCAAAUUGCCACCAGGUUUAAUGAAUUGAUACCGAACUGGAGUAAUUGGUUUUCUUUAUUUACAAACCGCGAGGAUGGAGCUAAAAUGUAGACCAAAACCGAGGCGUAGCCAAUACUUUAGUUCCACCCGAGCGGUUUGGGUGAGACAAUCAAUGCUUAUCAAUUUCUAUUCUAAAGCAUCUCAAAUUAAAUAUCGAAUAAUGUUGUUUUAAAUGCUUUUGAAAUGCUCCCACAUUUUCACCAACCCAAGUGGUUUGGGUUAUUGUCUCACCAAAACCUCUGUGGUGAAAACGAUGCUAUAUACAUUAUCCAUUAUGAAAACGAAUUAUUCUAACUCGGGUGUUUUAGAAUAAUGCAUAAAUCUUUCAGUAAUAAUUAUGUUAUCUUUAUAUCUUAUUACAAGCCCUUCCCAGAAGCAUAUGAUAUUAUAUCCAGGUUUUUGAAUAUUUUUAAGCUCACAAAUGGGAUUUGGCCAGUGGCGCAAAGACUAUAAUUAAUUUUGGGCAAAAACACAUCAUUUGGCGUUCUACCAUGCAAUUUUUCCGUACCCAAGUAAUUGUAUUAUAUCAAAGUAACUUUUACCAGUACCUGUGAACCAGGCAUUAGAUAAUCAACACGUACUUCUUGCUAAAAUGACUGAAAUUACUCAACACGAACUCGUGUUAAUAGGCACAUGUAAGACUUGUAUUAAAUAAUGAAACUACAAAUCCGUUUUGAUUAAAAGGCGGCACCCAAAGAAACGACAAUACCCAUGCUCGUUGGUAAAAAGGUACAGGAAAAAAAGGUACAGGAAAAAAGGUACGGAAAUAAAGGUACAGGAAAUAAAAGUACAGGAAAUAAAAGUACUGGAAAUAACGGUACCGGGAAAAAAAGUACCGGAAAAAAAGGUACACAAAAUGGCAUAAAUAGGUAAAAAAGGGACACAAUUUUUUUUUCUAGAAUAUUAAGAAUAUUAUUCUCUUCAACUGGUUCGUCAGACUUGGCCUAUGUCUUAAACUUUCCUUGCCCAUUUUUCUUCUUCUGUGACUAAGGUGGUGCCUUAAAAUAGUUUAAUACAUUGCGGACAAUUUUGUUACGGAAUAAAUUUGAGGAAAAUUCAUGGAAGAAGUUGCCCAACAGGGGAGCUGACGUUUAUUUUUUGGUAAUAACUACAUGUACAUUCAUGUUCUUUUAAAUUUUAAAAUACUCGAGUCGUAUUCUUAUAAGGGGUGGAUCCAGGAUCUUGGGAAAGAGAGAGGGGCGCACCUGGCAUCCUACCUGGCAUUUCACAUUAAGAUUCUUGCCGAUUUCCCUAAAUAGCUUGUGUUUGGUCUUAAAUCUAAUAAUUUGUCUGUUGAGACCUCAUUGGCCAGGCACAUUGUUAAUUUGGUCCAGCUCUAUGAUGAAUGUUAAUUGAUUAAUUGCAAUUUAACUUGAACAUUGGUACAUUUAUCGGUUAACCCUUUUGUAGAGGGAAUUGUCCGAGAAUCUUUACAAUCAUCAUGAUCUUGAUAGCCGUGUUUUCACUCUUGAAACCAUAACGGUAUACUGGAAAUUUGAUAUAUCUAUUUUUAAGGCCUAUGUAAUGCCUACGCAAAAAAUAAAGUUAAAGUUAUGAACAGAAAAAGAGAGAAUUCAAAUGAUAUUUGAAAAUAAAUUGUGUACCCUUUUACCUAUUUAUGCCAUUUUGUGUACCUUUAUUUCCAGUACCUUUUUUUCCCGUACCGUUAUUUCCAGUACUUUUAUUUCCUGUACCUGUAUUUCCGUACCUUUUUUCCUGUACCUUUUUUUCCUGUACCUUUAUUACCUAGAUUCAUGCUCGUUAUAAUAGUAAUUACACUGGCCAUGGUGAUGAGAUUGGACAUGUAUAUAAUAUUUUUAUAUCUAAGUACACAACAGUAUUGUAUUAUAUACUAAAUUUGUAUUCGGUGUGUAUUUGGAAACAGUCAUGAACUAUUCGUAUUAUUACUGUCAUGUAUAUACAGCCAAUGUAUAAAAGGAGAAGGCUGGUCAAAUCCAUAAUGCAUUUUAUUGCAAUGAUAAAUGUUCACCUAAUUCCGGUGUAAAAGUAAAAAGUGUCCCCCCUAGAAAAAGUGUCCGGGCCUAUUGUAUUCUGACAGAUUAUGGCAUAUGGUUCUAUAGAGGCAAUGACCGUCAAUAGCUCAGCGCAUAAUAGAAUCCUUUGUUCCCGGACAUUUUAUCCUAGGACAUUUUAAACUUCUACACCGGUAGACGUGAGGUGACACCACCAUUCACUUUGAAACACAUUUUCUAUUUGACGCAAAUCACGCUCCUCGAACUAUAGGUUUAAGUUGGGGUCAAAGCUUUUGAUGUUUUUCUGCCUGGUCCGUGCUUUUCAGAAAAAGAAAGUAAAUUGGGUCAUCACCAGAGCCAGAUCUCAAGUAAAAUGAAUCUAAAUGUGAAAAUCAAGGUUGUCAGAAAAUGCCAUCUGCAGUUUCAAUGCCAAACAGUUCAACUGAGAAAGUGCCACCUGGAAGCAUUAAAGUGAAUAAUUCUAAAAAUACUUAACUCUUCGGAUUGAUUUUCGGAUAUAAGCUUACCCCUUCGGAGUAUUUCUGUUUUGAUACAAGUAUGUACAAAAAAUACCCACAGCUAGAAAAGUUGCUUCUCGUAAUAUAGCUGGUUUGACAUGACUAUUCAAAUGAUGGUGUCGUCUCCCGUAUCGCGCGAUCGUUUUUUGAGUUUUUUAUUAGGUAACGUGAAGGUCAUAAAGUGAUCUAUACUAAUAAAUGUAUCAUUAUUUUGACACACUGUAGCGGUCAGUGUAAACAAUGCCCCCCCCCCACACACACACGCCGGUGAUCUACGUACAGUUAGUUAAAAAUAAGUUCGACACUGGGUAAGGGGGGUCCAAGGCUUGCAUUGACUGCUGCACAAGUACGUUGGCGGUAGUCAGAAAGUUUGAAUGUUGCGGUAUGUAUCUAUGAUUCAAGUGGUCGGCUUGAAGGGCUCGUACUCCUCAGUCGCUUGUGAGAUCUAGAACUGGCAAUAUUUCAAAAACGUCGGGCUGUUUCAAACAUGACUUUCACUGUAGAUCAGAAUGACAUUAUACAGGGUGGUCAAGAAAAAAUGCAACCGGAUACUGCCACUACCAGGGGGUUAAAACAUUGGUGCCAAUUGAUGGAGAAUCUUUCUAUAAGAAGACUGACACAAAGAUCGACAGAUUCUGUGAAGUAGUUUUUGUUGUAGAUACUUUUUUUGUGAAGCGAGGUCAGGGUUCAUACGCGCAUAGCAAAUAAUCGAGCUGUGUCGGUAAAUUGAACUUAGUAAGUUGGUGGAUUAAAUGUUAGAUAACAAUUCUGUUAUUAGAUAAUGUCGACAAGGUUCCUUGUGACCAUUUGCAACCGAGUAAAGGUCGUGUUAGCAUGGCAAGGCCUCAGCACACCACCGAGAUGUUUGUAACCUACAACAGGAGCGUUCUGUUUUUCUACAUUGAACAGGGCCAAGGGACUCUAACAUUGCGUCACAAAAGCGUCUCUAAAACAAAAACUGCUGAACAGAAUUGGGCGAUCUUGGUAUCAUUCACCUUCUAGAAAGGUGGUUUUAACCCCCUCGUAGUGGAAGCAUCCGGUUGCGUUUUUUCUGGACCGCUCUGUAUUGUAGAUCAUUUAGAUGGCAGCAUGGUAGCUUUGUUGCAUAGCGCGUGUUUGGUAGGAUGAUAGCCAAUUCAAAUCCAAAUUCAUAGAGGUUUAUUGACGCUUCGUAAAAAUUACAUUUCAAAUAAGCAGAAAAUACAACCAACUAGUGCAAGUUGAAAAAAAGACGAGACAAGACCACCGUUGAUUGUUAAGCCUUUUAGCAGUUAAAUUGUCAAUGUUUGACCGCGUCGCAUCAAAUACUGCGUGGGGCUGUGAUCUGAAAUUUUGACAUGAUAUUCCGGACAGUCGGGCAAGUAAAUGGUGAAAAGUAAACUGAUAGUCGACCACGGAAAUUUUUUGAUAAUCGACAAAUUGGACAGACGUUGAUAUUUCCACUCUUUCCAGCCAACUGGCAGAAAAAUCUCAAAACAGGCCCCCUAUUACCAAAUUAGCAAAAUUCAAAAUUAAUUUUUUUCAUCAAAUAAUUUCUUUAUAUCUGUAGACUUGCCACACCAAAUAUCUUUUCAAUUCCUCUCCAAAUAUGCACUUGACAGUUAAAAACGUACUCGCGUCUAAUUGAUAGGUCUUGAACAUCAACCUAUGAAUAUUCAAUGGUUGUCUUGUCUCAGACAGGUAAAAAGGUAGUGAAGAAUCAUGAGCAUUUAUCCGACCCAUAAAAAGAGAUGAAGAAGUGCAAGUGUUGACUUGUUAAAGUAUGAAAGAUAUUUGCAUAGAGAGUGCUAUUUCAGAACACUGAACUAAUAUUUUUAUAUGCAUCCAAGCCUCAGAGUUACGAGCCUAAUUAGACUUACAAAAAAUGAAUCAGCAAAACUGGAGUAGAACUUAAAAAUCGUAAUAGAUGUGCUACAAGCUAUCAUCCGAGCAAGCACGCGAUGCAACUCUUAUUUGUUUGGCGAGAACCUGUACCUUCUAAGCAUCACAUUAGUUUCAGCUGACCCUUGACUUCAAACACAGAAGUUGGGCGCCUGUAUCAAAAUUGCCGGCCGUUUUAGAAAUAUCGACCAUUUUAGAUUUCACAUGAAAUUCAAUAUGUCGCAGGAGGACGAGGCCUUAAGAGGAUGAUGCGCGUGUGCCAAUUCCGAAGUGCUAGUCUGUUUCCCUGACCAACUUGUCUGCAUUCGGUAAACCAGAGUCUGUUUAUUGAAAGACUCUGGGUACAUAGUCCACCGUCGAGGUUGGUUGGUCGACAGGACUAUGCUAUUAGCGUAUUGUCCUUGCUGUUCGUACUCUAAUGAUUCAUAUCCUCAGAAUGUGCCGUCUUGUGCAUUGCUCUCACUCUAGCUAGUAUAAAAUGACUUGUCCGACAUCAGAGGGCGGAGCGUCAUCUGAUAAAAAUUGGUCUUGGAAUCAGACUUGUAGUAAGAGUGAUCACGAGAUGAAGUCAUUUGACUGCUGGACUGUGUGUGAUUGGUCGUGUGGUGUCGUGCGCGUGCUUUGAUACCGGACUCGUGUCUCGUCAGGACUCCUUUCAUGCGUCUCCUUUCUCGACAACAAUGCAGACGCCAUGGUCUCAUGGUCAUAAAAUGACAUACCCCACCAUUAUAAGCACAUAAGGUGCGGUAUAGUGACGUAGGCCACUGCAAGACAUCACGAACAUUCGACUCAGAUCUGACACAGCUGCCCGUUUAGGUUGUAGGCUGGCCUUGUGUUUCAAGUAUGGCGCAGUGUCGUUCAUCAAUAAGGGAAUUUAACAACUAGUACGCGUAUGCUUGUCUGUGUGCUUGAAAUAUACUUAAAUGAUGUGGUAAAUUUGUAUCGUGCUAUGUGUGUUUUUUUGAUAAUUUGGGUAUGUAUGUGAGGUGAUUAAAGUAAAUUAGCUUAGAAUAUUCCACAGCUCCUUGAUUAAACUUGAUGUUUACCUUGCUGCAUGAAUGGUGAUUAUGCUCGCUGUCCUGAUUUGUCUGAUUUUCCAAUGAAAGAACCCCUCCCCCAUCCGCAGUGGUCACAGCUGCCCUAGGUUUAAGUGCAAACAGCAGUAUUUAUUCAACGCCCUAACCAAUAGCAUCGCAGACUUAAACAUUGCUCGCCUAAAAAAAUGGUAAACCCUCAAAAUCUGAUGCGCCACAGUCGCCCACUGAUGUAUGGAUGUACACAUGGUAAGUGAAGUCAAGGGUUUUUUUACAUGCAUCACCUAGUUUAUAAAAAAUUGUAGGUCGAGAUUUAUUUCCGAGAAGUGACUCACGUUCGCUCUCCUCCCUGGCCCUGGCUCGUGAAACUACAAGUAUCUCCUUCCGACCUGAUUCCCGACUUAGAAGUUUACCUAUCUUGAGUAGGCCAUAUAGAUAUUUAUAAAUCUGAAAACAAGGAACCCAAAGGAUUGACUCCAAAUAUCGUCUUGACAAUGUGGUAAUUCCACACCGGCCCUACUGGACGUAAUGUUUUUUUUCAAAAUCUAAGAAUUGAAUAUAUGUCGCCUCAUAUGGUCAAUGUUGCAACCGGAAACUGAACUUUCGGCGAGUAUAAUCAGCGUUACUCGCUGUACGUUGAGGAAAAAAUCCGGUUGCGCUCUGUUGGGGUGGGGGGUGAGAGCAUGCAAAAAUCGGAGGAUGGUGACGUUACGGCCACAUUGAAAAAUGGUAUUACUAGAAUAGUAAAAAGUAUGUUUUAGAGACCAAAACAUUGGUAAUCCUUAGGAUUCUUUCCUUUCUGGAAUCAGUAAAAUCUCUAAGCCCUGAAGUAACGGUGUAUAAAUCCGCGUCUGUCAGUGUGGAUGAGCGUGGAAACGCGUGAGUGAUGUGCACUAAGAAUAAUGUUUGACCAUAUGAAUGCUUUCUGAAAUGUUUAUGCCUCAUUAUCAUUCGCAUUGGUUAUUUGAUAGCCCAGUGCAGUGGUCGUUUUAGACCAGAUUCCUGCUUUUAGGAAUAUCACGGAUAAAUCACGAGUAUUCCCAUCCUGAACCUCAUGGUCUAUACUCCAUCUGAACAAGAUGAAAAAACCUUGGUGGUCAAGAUGGAGUAUUCCAGACCUUUAGUAGACAAUCCAGAAGAAUAACGGAAGAAUGUUCUCUUUCCUAGAUCUUUGCGGUUACCAGUGAAAGUGUGGCUUACUAGAAAAACAGGAGGUACAGGAGAUUCAUUAUUUUAGUAUUAUAUUCAGUGUUGGUAAUGUGCGGCAAAUUUUUGUAAUCUAAGCUUCGUGAUAAUAUAAAAUGGCCAAAUGUACACAUGUGCAAUUAUUCAAUACAUUAUCAUUCAUACGAGUAACAGUUUUAGUGGCUUUACUGGACACAAAUUAGUGUCUGGCAUGGAAGAAAAUCCUCUAAUGAUCCCAUCCCACAAUUCAAGCGAUUAUACACGUCAGCAAGAAUUAAUAAAAGACUCGUCUUUAUAAAUUCGUGAUAUCAGAUAUAUAUGUAAUAUGUCAAAGCCUGCUGGUCUUGCCCCCCGGAUUAGAUAGAAUAACGUGAUGAAGUUGUCUAGCUUAGCACAUACAAUCAACGUAGCACCGACAAUGAAUUGUUGGUAGCACAUGUAAGUGCUCUGUAAUACGAGCAGUGGUGAACCUGGGAGUCAACUUUCUUAGCAAUGAUGUAAACAAUGUGUUUGCGUCGUUACUAGAUGGAGUCAAGGUAAUAGUACCGACUGCAGACAUAAGUCUUCUCAUCAAGAUCAUAAUCCCUGCACUUGAAGUGUGUCAAACUGUUUGUACCGGUAAUUUUCGUUUUGUUUCAAAAUUUAUUAUUCAAUUAACAACCGCGCACACGGUUAUAAUUAUCAGUGUAUGUUGUGUACAGAAAUAACAAAUUGUCAUCGAUCACCACUCAUUCCGCUGAGGAAACCUCGGCGGAACCUCGGCUUGAGUCCCUGAGCAGGUCGACAUGACUUGCCUCACUCCGCUGUGCACGGGGACUUGUCCGAUCUGUUGAGAUUGGAGCGCCGACGUACGUGGCUUAAAUUUUGCAUAGGAUCUUCCGAACGAUUUUUAAGAUAGAUCAGGGUAAAGUUUUAGUUCGGAUUACAUUAUUAUACUUGUGGUGACGUCAGACCCCCCCUUCCUCAACUUUAAGUCCGCUUGAAAACUGAAAUUUCGAUGAAAUGAAAAACGAUUACAGAUUGUGUGCUGUCAUUAUCAGAAUGGUGAAAACUAAGUAUUAAUGUCGUUUUGCUCCUCAUUUGACCAGUAGGUUUCAGCGUUUUGAAUGAUGAUUGUUUUUGAACGGGUUAUCAAUGUUUGGACAGCUGAAAAUCUAAGUGAAUUGUGAGAACGAUACAAGGAUUAAAUGACUUUGUUUUGAACAGAUUUAUGUUAUGUAGUGAUGAAUAGUGCAUAUGUAUAGGCUGUGGUAAUGAACAAUAAACAUUUUCGAAGGUAAACAGUAAUAAAGGCA